CGAACCACGGCGUGGGGGGAGGCUUUAAGAGGGCUGGGACAUGGCCGCGUCUGCCAGUUGCGUGUGCGAAGCCGAGCACUCUUGCGGCGGUCGUUCCUCUAGAUAAGACGAUCCUCGCUGCGUCUUCUCUCGUUUAUUGGCCUCUCUAUUUUUUCUUUCUUCCUUUUGUCUCUUUCUUGGCUUCUCCCUUUCUCGGCUUUUCCCACCCUUGACGUCUCUCUUUCUCGGCUUUUCCCACCCACUCUUGUGUUUUUUAACGUCUCUCUCUCUCUCUCUCUCUCUCUCUCUCUCUCUCUCUCUCUCUCUCUCUCUCUCUCUCUCUCUCUCUCUCUCUCUCUCUCUCUCUCUAUCUAUCUAUCUAUCUAUCUAUCUAUCUCUCUCCUAUCUACCCAUCCACCCAUCUAUCUAUCCAUCCACCUCCCUUUCGGUCGAACGAGAGGGACCGCGCCUGGCCUCUCCACCCGACCCCCCUGUGAUGCAGAGGAGCGAGGUCGUGGCUUCGUCUCAACACCCUUCCGUGGCAGAACAGAGGCCGCCCAUCCUCCAUGCCUUGAGGAAAAACGACAGAGACUUGACGAAGCAACAGAAGGAGCUUCUCAGUGUGACUUGAAAGCUUUCUUCUGACAGCGACGGAAAAUCGAGAGAUCACGAUCGCUCAUAUUUUAGGAAAAAUAUAAUUCGGGACUAUUGUAUUUUCGUCGGUAGUAUAAGCCGCUGUAAUAGUCGCCAUGAAACUGUCAACCUCAGGCAAAGGGGCCUUAACCCCACUGAUGCUGUGUCUCCUGACGGCGCUGACGGAGGGGAGCCCUGGACAGCCAGACAGCAAUAAGCCUCAACGUUUAUCAAUGCCUUGCAUCACGCCCAAGAUGGACUGCGAUCCGCAUCAAGUUUCAACAUAUUUGGACGAUGAUGACAAGAUUAUUGGUGGGAAGGUAACAGAACCAGGUACCACGCCUUGGCUGGUAUCGCUUAAGGACAGCCACUACGCCGAUCCCGUCCACUUCUGCGGGGGGACGGUCAUCAGCCACGCCUGGGUGCUCACCUCUGCCUCCUGCGUCGCCGGCUACAGCUAUCCUUACACGUACCUCCAGGUCGUGGCUGGGGAGUACGACCUGGACGAGGCGGAGGGCUGGGAGCAGGUCAGGAAGGUCACGCGCAUGGAGGUCCACCCCGAGUACGACCUCUUCACCCAGAACAACGACGUGGCGCUCCUGAGGGUGUUCCCUUGGUUCCUGUACAACGAGAGGGUCGCCCCCUUGCCCCUGCCGCCGACGCACCUGCAGGGCCCCCCACACUUCGCCCACACGCACGACAACGAAAUGGGCCUCAUCGCCGGCUGGGGACGCACGGCGGAAGUGAGCGAGAUCUCCCACUUGGUGCUCAUGGCCUACGCGCCUCUGCUCUCGACCGAAGACUGCGUCGGGGCCUACGGGGAAGCAAUCACCGCCUCCAUGAUGUGUGCGGGGAACCUAACGCACGGAGGCCUCGAUCCCUGCCAGGGCGACUGGGGCGGCGGCCUCAAGACCCGCGAAGGGUACCUGCUGGGCGUGUCCUCCUGGGGCACCGGAUGCGGGCGCCCCGGCCUGCCUGCCGUGUAUACCAACGUGCAGACUGUACGUGACUGGAUCUGCAGUGAGGUCCAUUGUAUUACGUGCGAGUUCAAUGAUGACGCGAAGGGGAUUUGUGAUGAUUCGUUAUAAUAAAGUUUCGUAGUUG